AGUAGAGAGAGAGAAUCUAGCAUUAUAGAGAGAAAAGAAAAGAACUUGAGUCACCGUUGUUAGACACAAAUAUAACUCGACCAAACAUUUUCUCUCCCUCCAUCUAACUUCUUCACUCUUCCUUCAAACCUCUCUUCUCUUCUUUCUCACCUACUAAACUCAAAUAACAAAUUUAAAUUAUUCUUUUUUUUUUUUGUUAUUGCUUUCCAAUCUUCUUUAUAACCAAACAAUAACAUUAAAAAAAAAAAAGACACAGAAUAAUAAUAAUGUCGAAGACAAUGCAACAACAGGGCUUAGAUUCCCUGUGUUGCGACCACAAUAAGUCCGAUUCCAAAAAACUCGAUCUGAACGGUUCCGCCGUUGCUUCGUCAAUUAAAACCGCCGCUCCCAAACUCCCACACGACGAAAAAAACUUCAGCCGUUCCGGCGAACUAACGAAGAAUUUGAAGCCAAGUCACCGGAGAUCGGUAUCUGCCGGAGCUCCGUUACUAUUCUCCGGCGGAUCAAACGGAGCAGGUUCGAGUCCAACUUUGCUUCCAACCGGAAAUAUUUGUCCGUCGGGGAAGAUCGUCAGACCGGGUUUACCAUCUCGUGGACCGAACCGGACCGAUGUAUUGAGUUUGGGAACCGGAAACUACGGCCGAGGGAGUAUAAUGCGUGGUUCGGGAGGGAAUCCUGUGUGUACGGGUGCACCGCUUACGGUGAAACGCGCGAUGGGUGGUUGUGAUCCUGAGGAAGUGAAGAGAGUUGGAAAUGAGAUGUAUAAGAGUGGUCAUUUUACGGAGGCGUUGGCAUUGUAUGAUCGUGCUGUUGCUUUGUCGCCGGGAAAUGCGGCUUAUCGGAGUAACCGUGCGGCGGCGUUAACGGCGUUGGGGAGGUUGUCUGAGGCUGUGAAGGAUUGUGAUGAGGCUGUGAAGUUGGAUUCUGGUUAUGCCAGGGCCCACAAGAGACUUGCUUCUCUUUAUCUACGCUUUGGGCAGGUUGAAAACUCGCGUCGCCACCUAUAUUAUGCGGGUUUGCAGAACGAUCAAUUGGAAGAGCAGAAGCUGUUAUUGUUGGAGAAGCAUGUGAACCGAUGUGCGGAUGUGCGGAAGAUCGGUGAUUGGAAAAGGGCAAUCCAGGAAGUAGAGGCUGCUGUUGCGAUUGGAGCAGACUUCUCACCUCAGCUUGUGGCUUGUAAAGCAGAAGCUUAUUUGAAACUCCAUCAACUUGAGGAUGCUGAAUCAUGCCUUUCAAGCAUUCCCAAGUUGGAAGGUUGUCCUCCAGCCUGUUCUCAAGCCAAGUUCUUCGGUAUGGUCGGUGAAACCUUUGUGCAUUUUGUCUCAGCUCAAGUUGAGAUGGCCUUGGGAAGGUUUGCGAAUGCUGUUACUGCAGCUGAUAAAGCCAGCAUGUUAGAUUAUAGUAAUGUCGAGGUUGCUAGGAUUGUAAAUAUCGUGAAAAUGGUGGCAAGGGCUCGUUCGAGGGGGAAUGAUCUAUUCAGCUCUGGCAAAUUUUCUGAAGCUUGUUCUGCUUAUGGAGAAGGCCUUAAAUAUGACAAUUCAAACUAUGUUCUAUAUUGCAAUAGAGCUAUUUGUUGGUCUAAACUUGGACUAUGGGAAAAAUCAGUUCAAGAUUGCAACCGUGCUCUUAACAUCCAUCCAAAUUAUACCAAGGCCCUUUUCCGCAGAGCCACGUCCAAUGCAAAGCUAGAAAGAUGGGCUGAAGUUGUUCAAGAUUACCAGGCCUUGAAACGGGAACUCCCUAACGACAAUGAAGUUGCCGAAUCUCUUCGCCAGGCUCUACUAGCUUUGGAAAAAUCUCGCGCAGUGGUAAAUGGUAAAAAGUUUGGAGUUGAAGUUGAAGAAGUCACUGCAUUAGAUAAAUUUAAAGCUGCUAUUGCUUCUGCUGGUGUUUUGGUAGUUUAUUUCAAAGAGACAUCAAAUGAACUAUGUGAAGAAAUAUCUCCUUUCAUAAAUACAUUAUGUGUUAGAUAUCCCUCUAUUAAAUUUAUUAAGGUGGAUGUAGAGGAGUGUCUAGCAAUAGCAAAAGCUGAAAGCAUAAGAAGUGUUCCAACUUUUAAGAUUUAUAAAAACAGAGAGAAGGUGAAGGAGAUGAUCCGCCCUACCCAUCAGUUCUUAGAGGACUCAAUACGGAAAAGUAAUAGUCAAUAGAUUUUAGUAUUCAAUUCAUACUUAUUAUAUAUCCAUUCACAAGCAAUUAAAGCAUAGCAAUGGAAGAAGGUGCUCCAAAUAAUGCACCAAAAACCUCUUUAGUUCAAACUAUAGGAAUUUCAUCUUUCCCUGUGAUACAAACAUGGAUACCAAUUUUUGAGUUCUUUUAGGCAGGAAAACCUAAGAAAGAGAGAGAGAUGUUAGGUAGCUCUUAGCAUUUUGAAAUCAUUUAUGUAUAUCUUUCACCCAACAUCUAAUUAUUUGCUUGUUGUUUUCUUCUUUGACUCAACGUGCCAAGCUCAUAAGUUAUCCUUUUC